UGUCCGGACCGGAAGUGUUCUCUAAUACGCCACACGCGCUCAACACGCACGCACGACUGCGGCGCGUAAAUACAAUACACACGUACAUUAUGCAUAUAUAUGCAUAUUCGUAAGUGGCAUAAUCGCGUACACACCGCGGAAAUUCGUACUGGGAAUCGGAAAUCGCACGAGGUGUAGUCGUCGCGUACGAAAAAAAUUUAACUCACUAUAUAUUUUUGACCGCGGCCGAGAAAGUGCGGGAAUAUUAAUAAUUUAAUAAUAUAUCAUAAUACCUAUGAUCUGUACGUCGUAUAUAUUACAAAAUUAUUCACCCAGUGCGUAAGUGUCUAAGAGAUUAAUAUAAUAUUAUACACACGUGUCGGGCGCUAUUUUCACCCCACGAGAGCGGUGACCGUUUCCGUAAACGCACGUGCGGCGGCGGCGGAAACGUCUGGCGCUGCAGCUCCUCCGAUCGUCGGACUCGCACUCGUAUAUUAGCCCACUCGUAGUGGUCUCGCCGCUACCGUCGGUCGGUCGGGAGGAUCGCGUGAUCGCGUUUACAUCGGCGGGCGCGGCGAGGGACUUGUGUGCGAAACGAAAAACAAAUAACUAUAAAUAAUAAAGGAGCGGAAAGACGAUAGAUAUAAAGAGUGAGAGAGAGAAAAAGUGUGUGUGUGAGAGAGAGAGAGAGAGAGAGAUUGAGAGAUAGAUAAAAAGGCGCGAACUCCACGCGGCCGCCCGCGAAUCGUGCGGUAUCGCACGCAUCAUGUCUAGGAGGAAACAGGCUACACCUCGUUCGCUCAGACAUGGAAAUCUUGACGCGGAAGACGUAUUCGACGACGAAGACCUCAUGCCACCGUUAUCUCCUACAGGGUCUGGAAGUACGAAAAGCGAUGAAGACGAAGGUGACGAGGACGAAGAGGAAGAGUGCACUGUUGAUGAUGACGAUGACGACGACGACGACGAUGACUUGCAGUCGGUCAGUUCUACUGAGGGGUCAAACCACAGUCUGCUUUCGGAGGCACUGAGUGGCGCGGGCGAGGCGAGCACCGAAGAGGCAGCUUCGUCGUGGAGCUCGGCCGUGUCGGAGGACCACACGUCGCCGGACAGCUGCGCCACGAGCAACAGCCGGCCCGGUUCCACGGUCGACCACCGACGCGAUCGCCACAGCCGUCCGCCGUCGUACGCCACGGCCGGCGCCGCUGCCGCUGCUGCCGUCGCCGCUGUUACAGCCGCAGCGAACGCCACUGACGCCAACCCGUACGCAUGCCAAUACUGCGACAAGACGUUUCCCCGGGGAAGCUACCUGAAAAAACACGAACAGACUCAUGGAGAAUCAAUGCCGUUCAAGUGUCAAUUCUGCCGGAGGCUGUUCAAACACAAGCGCAGCCGAGACCGGCACGUGAAAUUACACACGGGGGACAAGAAGUACAAGUGUACUCAAUGUGACCAUGCUUUUUCAAGGAGCGAUCACUUGAAGAUCCACAUGAAAACGCACGACAAUCAAAAACCGUUCCAGUGUACGGUUUGCAACAGAGGUUACAGUACGGCGGCCGCGCUCACGUCGCACAUGCAGAACCAUCAUAAACGGGCGGCGGAACGGGCCAACUCGCCACAGAUAUCCGGCCCCUCCUACAAGUGCCUCCAGUGCACGCAGAUAUUCCGCAAACCCGACGAGCUUCAGAAUCACACUGCGACGCAUCAUCUCGGCGAGCAACUUUCGUCCAACUCCCGGAGCUCGAAACGUUCGACACCGCCGAAAACGCCGAACCAAUACAUUUGCAUGUACUGUACCAAAGAAGUGUCCAGCAUGGACGCGCUGCAACAACACUUCCAGACCAAGCAUUCUGCGAUCGUCAACGGCAAGCCGCAAGAGGAUAUCUUCUCGGCCGUACCACCGGCGGCCGCGUUCCCAUGGCUCAACUUUGCCGACUCGCCGGCCCUUGCCCUGCCUCCGUACUCGUGCCGGUUGUGCAUGAGCCAAUUCCCGUCCGUCACUUCGUUACAAAAGCACUUUACGACCGCCCACUAUCUGAAUUCCGUCCUCAACAAUAACAUACAGAACAACAAUAACAACAACAGCAACAGCAACAACAACAACACCAACGGCUGCAAAAGUGGCGGUGGUGUGGUGCCGAUGUUCAACUGGCCGGCAAUGGCUGGUGCGAAUGGAUACCAUCAACACCACCACCGCCACUCGACGUCAGGUGGCAGUGGUGGUUACUUGCCCGAGGAAACCGUUCAGACGGGUCCCACAGACUUGUCGCUGUCGUCGUCCAAGCACGGUGGCGGCAAACACCAUCACACGUCGUCGGGCAAGCACAAGUCGGCGGACGACCAGCGGAACCACGCGACCAGCAAAAAGUCCCGUUCGUCGCCCGGCCGCGAUCCACCGGCGGCCGACCAACAGCGUCACAUAAAACAAGAAAGCGUCACCGGCCACAACGUGUACGACGGCAAACACCUGCAGCUGCCGCGGCCAGUCGUGGCUCGUCCGUCCUCGCAGUUAGGCGUCUCCAACCACAACAAUAACAAUAACAUCAACAACAACAACAACAUCAUUCACGCCGACAACAACAAGAUCCAAUUGCCAUGUCCGCACUGUCAUCUGACGUUCGUGCACUUCGAAGACUACCAGCAGCACGUCAUCGGACACUUCCUGAUGGCCGCAGCCGAAUACUCGUGCCAGGAGUGUUCCACUUCGUUCACGACGUCCGAACACGUCCAGAAACAUCUUAUGGAAACGCACGCGCAGAACUUUUACCGGUGCAUGCUGUGCAAAGAAGUGUUCCCCACCAAGUCGGCGUUGAAAGUGCACUUCAGCAUGAAUCACGGCAGCGAACACCGCAUGUUCCGUUGCAACAACUGCACGGGACUGUCCCGGCCGCUGUUCCAGACGGAAAUCGAGUUCAUCGAUCAUCUUCGCAAUGCCCAUUACUCAGCGAGAUCGCCACCACCGGUCCAAGCGAACCUGAUGUUGAGGUGUUUGGUGUGCCACGCCACGUUCAACACACAGUCCGACAUGGAACAACAUUUAGCUAGUCAUUCCAAACAGUUCCAAUGUCAAUUCUGUUCAGAAGCAUUCCAUAUCGAGUUUUUGUUGGACAGACACAUACAAACGCAUCACAGUUCGAGCAUUUUGAGUCACCUCAACCGGAACCACAGGGAAUCACCGAAUUCCAUGUGCACGUCGCCCACGUACAUUUCCCGGACGGCGGACGGUAGUAAGCAUCCGACGGAAAACGGGGCGAACGCUUGUGAUAUAUGUGAGAAAAACGAUUUUCGAAACGAACUGGACCUGGUGGCCCACAAGAGGACGAUGCACCAGGUGAAACCUACGAAUCUUUCGACAAAAGUGAGCUUACAUUGCGCGUAUUGCAACGAAAACUGUAAAUCAAGAACAGAGCUGGAGAACCACAUGAAGACGCAUUCGCAACACGGUUCGAAUGUCGGAAAACACAAGUGCAACAUUUGUGACGAAAUCUAUCAGUCCGCGAUCAGCUUGGCCGAACACAAACUCACUCAUUGCAAGGUGGCCACGAGUACCGUGUGCAGUCACUGCAAGAUGACAAUAGACAACGAGGAUCAGUUCCACCAACACCUCCAGAAGCACUGCAACCCGGCGAACGCGAACGGCGGCCAAGUGGCAUUUCCCACGUCGUGCAUCAUAUGCAGGCAAACGCUCGUGUCGGACAUCGAGGUGAAGGUGCACGUGCACUAUCACCUGUCCCGGCUCAAGGAACCUGCGGCCGUGUGCGGCAACUGCAACCGGUACAAGCGGUCGGCGUCGUCGCCGUGCGCCGGCUGCAACCCGGCCAGGAACAGCGCCGCGGAACGGUGUCCGGAUUGCGGUGCGGCGUUCGACGCUUUCGGCGCGCUGCAACACCACCUGACCACCGUCCACAGGAAACCGUUUCACUGUUUCAAGUGCAAGAUCGGGUUCGAAUCGCAGCAGGAAGCCACGAUCCACUUGGGCACCCACCUGGCCACGCUCAACGGUUCCGUGGACGGCAUCGAGUGCGGCCUGUGCCCGUGCGUGCUGCCCACGGCCAACAGCCUCCAGACCCACCUGAUCGAGCACACGUUCGCCGGCUGCAAGGCGUUCACGUGCUACCUGUGCUCGGCCAUAUUCACUGCACCCACCGGACUCCAGGCGCACAUGACCGUCGACCAUUCGGCCGAAACGCCGCCGUACGACUGUCCCAGGCCCGGUUGCCAGGCCAAGUUCUUCUUCACCGCCGAGCUGGACAGGCACACGCUCGAGCACCAGGGACAGGACGUGCUGGCCAACAUGAACUUCUACAAGUACCAAAACAAGCUGAUGUCCAUCUGCGAAAAGCUGUCGUUCAAGUGCGCCGAGUGCUAUCAGAGCUUCUUGACACAAACCGACUUGCAAUGUCACGUGUACGACCACCAUCGACAACAGAAGGACGCACCGCCAACGGGACCGGAAACUAAAAACGUCAAACAGGAAAUGAGCGGAUGCGCGGUUAACGGUAACGCGGACGAAACGCGGCCUUUGGACGGAUGCGAACGGUCCGAGAACCCGAUCAAAGUGGAGGACGAGGACGAGGUGAGCGUGAAAACAGAACGGCGUGAAAAAGACGACGAGGACGAAGAGAUGAUCGACGUGGGAGAGAACAACCGCGGCGAGGCGAAGUCAGGUGCAGACGAAGAAGAGGCGGACAUGCGUUGACGGGGGGUCGUCAAUGCUCAGGGACUGAGGCUCAGGAUUAAUAGGAUUCGACAACCGGGCCUAAAUCUUUUUGUUGUUAUUUUCAAAGAGAAAAAUCGCCUCGAUAAUCGAUGUAGACGUGUAACCUCGAUUGUCACGAACCUCCCCUAAAUUGUUUUUUAUAAUAUAUUAUUAUAUUUCACCGACAUGAUUAUGAUGAUUCGAGAGAAUACAGUUAUAUUAUUAUUACGAUUAUUGUUUAUUAUUAUUAUUGUUAUACACACGCGCAAAAUAUGAUACGCAUGAUAUUAGCCUAUAUUGUUUUUAAUAAGUAAAUUCGUAUUAUUGUUACAUAUUAUUAUUAUUAUUAUUAUUUUUAUUAUUAGCGGUAAAUAGUACACGUAACACGUAUUACGUGGCGUGUUCUAUUUGUAUUAUUAUUAUUGUAAACAUUAUAAUAUUAUAUUUGAUUGUAUACGUUGAAUUUACGGUGAAUAAUGCGCACACAUUUAAAGAUUUAAGUGGUGAAAUAUUAUUAUUAUUAUUAUUAUGCCUCGUCGAGGAAUGAAUUAUAUUCGAGAUAAAUUAUGUUAUCACUUUCUUUUCGUACGUAUAUUAAUACUUUUAGCGUUAUUGUUCAUAAUAAUAUUAUACAUUGUAUUAAACGAGUCUUACAUUUUUUAACGUCACUUAUUAGCUUAUAUUAUUAUUUAAAGUCUUAUAGGAUUUAUGUUUAUGUUGAACAAUUCAUAUAGAUAUUCCGUUGUUUUAUUUUAUUUAUUAUUGUACAAAUAUCAUUAUAGUUAUAUUAUAUUAUAAAAAAAACACGUGUAUAUACAACGAUAAUGUCUUUAAGGGUUAUGGCUAUUUCUUAUGGUUAACAAUAUUUUGUUUUUAUUUUACUUUAACUUUAAUUGUGAUACUAUUUUAUCAAAACGAUUUUUAUUAUACACACCGUAUUUUUCUAUCUUUUUAUUUAAUCACACACUUGCGUCCUUAACAGAAAAACAAUGAUCUACCUACUCGAUUGUCGCAAAAAUAUCAUCCUUCUAUCGCUAUACUUAAAACGGUUUAAUAUUCCAAUAUAAUCAUAAUGUACCAUAUUAAAAUAGUUUAUCUAACUGUGUGAAUUUAACAAUUGGUAUUCUUGAAUACAUCAGUAUAAUAAUUAUACCUGUGCAAAGGGUUCAACAAAUUUGAAACUUUGUAAUUGCUGUUUGCAUAUUUUUAUACCAAUAUAUAUAUUAAUAUAUAGCAAUAACAUAUUAUAACACUGCUGUAAAUUUAUUACCUAGGUAAAAUAUUUUCUAAUGAAUUAAUUAUUUUAAAAAAACUUCAUUAAUUAUAUCAUAUUAUCGUUUAUAAAUCAAAUUAGUCUAAUGACUGUUUCCAAACUUUUUGAACACUGUAUAUAUUUUCUUCUAGCAAUUACCUUGCAAUUGGAUCAAAACCGCAACAUAUUAACUUUUAAUUUGAUGUGGAAUCAUUUUUCAGAAAACACUUUGAAAAUAAAAAUUCUAUAAUAUAUGUAUCUAAGAACUAAAACAUUUUAUUUUAGACCCUAUGAAAA